GCACAGAAAGUAGCUGACCCAAGCAGCCUUUAGCAUUAUUUGUACAAAACACUGAAGCAAGAGGAACCAUUCAACUUCAACACGGCACCUUCCCUGAUGCACAGCGACUAAACUAUCAGGCAGCACACAUGGAGACCAACACAACUUUUCCACCGUUCCCUGGUAACCACAGCCGGAGCAACAGCACCUGCUCCCGAGACAACCUUCUGAAGACGGUGGUGUUUCCUGUGCUCUACUCCUGCCUUUUCCUGGUGGGGCUCAUCCUCAAUGGAGUGGCAGUGUGGGUGUUUUUUCGCAUUCCCUCUCGGUCGCACUUCAUCAUUUACCUGAAGAAUAUCGUCGUUGCGGACGUGGUCAUGACAUUCACCUUCCCCUUCAAGGUGUUGUCAGACUCCAACAUGGCUUCCACUGGCCUUCGGAUCUUUGUGUGUCGGGUAUCCUCUGUGCUCUUUUACCUCACCAUGUACAUCAGCAUCCUCUUCUUCGGCCUCAUCAGCAUCGAUCGCUGCAGAAAGACCCUGAAGCCAUUCAGGGGCACAAACUCUGCUCGUCUGGCACGUCGGAAAUUUCUUUCGGGAGCCAUUUGGACGUUUCUGCUGAUUCUCUGCCUCCCCAAUGUGAUCCUAACAAGCAAAGCCCCGAAGACGCAUUAUUUCAAAUGCAGCGACCUGAAGUCUCAGGCCGGGCUGUACUGGCAUGAGGUGGUGAAUCACGUCUGCCAGGUGAUCUUCUGGAGCAACUUAGUGACAGUGAUGAUAUGCUACACUUUAAUAACCAGAGAGCUGUACAAAUCCUACUCUCGCACAAAGUCUCACAGCGCGGGAGGGACUGCAUCUCGAGCACCGAGUGGAGAAAAGGCUCGCAAGCCCCAUCAGGCCAAAAGAAAAAUGAGCGCAAACGUGUUCCUGGUUCUGGCAGUGUUCUUUGUGUGCUUUGUGCCGUUUCACUUUGCCCGAGUGCCGUACACCAUGAGCCAGACCAGAGGGGUUCUCUUUGAUUGUAAGCUGAAGCUCUUCUUCUUCCAGCUGAAGGAAAGUACGCUCUUUCUCUCAUCUCUGAAUUCUGUCCUGGAUCCUCUCAUCUACUUCUUCCUCUGUAAGUCCUUCAGAAGCACUCUGUUCAGGAGCCUGCGGCUGCCUCCUGGUACCUGCAGCUGGCUGACGGGGAGAGAGGCGGAUUCAGACACAGGCAGCUCCCCGCUGAGAGACUCCUCCGCCUGCACGUAGAACCAGCCGCCACGAGAGAGACUUUCAUUCUGUCAUGUGUGCUUUUUAGUUUGUGUCCAUGAAGUUCAGCGUCCCACCAGUCGGGAGCGGAUCAGAUCUGAAUGGCUUCGGCAAACGGCGUGACUGCGGUCCUCCCAGAGAAACAACUAAAAUUCUGUUUGCCAGCGCUUCGGUCUGCAUGACGUCCGCAUUUUAAAAUCUCUUUUACACUAACCAACUUUCUUUACAUUUUGUAUGAGAAAUAAUGAAUUGCUUGUAUAAAAAGUGAACAACACAAACACACACACGCAUCAUCUUGCUUUUGUCUUACUUAAUUUAA